AUAUCUAAAUGGUAAAUGGACUGAACUUAUAUCUGUAUGUUGACCCUGGUUUUCUGCAGGCACAGAGAACAGUUCUGGAGGCAGAUGACUUGGAUAGCGAGGCCCAGCAAAGCACCAGGAUCGUACCUGAAGAAGAGAAAGUCAACCCCAUCUAUGAGGAGAUCUUAAAGAACCUCAAGGAAGCCACCGGAGUCUCAGAUUUACAGGACGUUGUGGAGCAUUUUACCUCAGAGAAGGAGAAUUGUGAACGUUUAGAGAAUCUGAAGAAACAGAAUGAAGAGGCCCUGGAGAAGCUGAAGGAGGAGAAGGAGCUGCUUAGGCAACAGUUUGAUAAAAUGAAAUACUCUGGGGAGGCUAAGCUGUCCAGUGAGAUAAAGAAGUUGGAGGAGUGUGAGCAGCAGCUGCAGGUUCAGCUACAGAGACGUGACGCAGACGCAGAGCGCCUUGCCAACAACGUGAAGGCCCUCGGCGCCAUCCGAGCCGGAGUGGAGCAUCUGGCAGGGAAACUGCAGGACAUCUCUCUUACGGAGGUCAAACCUUUCAAAUCCUCCCCAACUUCAGACGAGUUUGUGCUGGAGCUUUUGAACCAGUGUGGCGCAAAACUGUGGGUCUUACUAGAGGAACUUGAAGGGAAGGACAUGGCCUCUGUCAUGAAGGAGAUAGAAGAAGAUGAGUUCUACACCACGAUUGAAGGGAGGCUUCCCAAGACCAACACCAAAGUGCAACUGCCAUACAGACCAGUAAAGGAAAUCGGCAAAGAAGAGGGUGAAAUCAGAGAGGAUGAGCUUGACAUCAUAUCACGAGAUGCCCUGAAGCGUCAGUCUCAGCUCCUCAUUGAAAACAACUUGAGCAAAAAGCCUUGGAAAAAAUAAGUCCUGAUCCAAAGUAACAAGAGCAACACAAAGUGUUGCACCACUGUGAAGUAGAAGGAAAAUGACACGUGGUGAGGCUGUUUUUCCCAAAUAAAAAUGUGAGAAAUGGCGUACUCAGAAGAAUA